AUGUCUGAUGAAUUACGUCAAUAUCGAGAAGCUUUUUCAUUAUUCGACAAAGAUCAUGAUGAGAUAAUAGCACCCCAAGAACUUGGUAUUGUUCUUCGUUCAUGUGGUUUAAGUCCGUCUGAAGCAGAUCUCCAAAAAAUACAACAACAAGUUGGUAGAAAAAUUGAUUUUGAUACAUUUGUUAAAAUAGCAAAAGAUUUCAAAGCAAAUAAUAAAGAAACAGAAGAAGAUAUACGUGAAGCGUUUCGAGUAUUUGAUAAAGAUGGAACGGGUUAUGUAUCCGUGUCUGAAUUAAAACAUGCUAUGAUAUCAUUAGGUGAACGUUUAAGCGAGGAAGAAGUAGAUGAAUUAACAAGAGAAGCGGAUAUUGAUGCUGAUGUUGAGAGCAACUCAUCAAGAACAGAUUUUUCGUCUGCUUAUCGUCGUUUGGCCGAUGAAAUUCAAACGAAACAAACAUCGUCAAAUCAGUUGAUUAAGUUUUAUUUGCAAGUUUUUCUAGAUAUUUUCCAAGAAAAUUUUCAUACACAAAAAAUAUCUUCAACUUUGCGAAAAUUUAUUCAAAAUGAUGCGUACUUAUCCAACGUAUUUUUAUCUGUUGUUGAUGAACAGUUUUUAUGUACUGAAUGCGGUUAUUCAUUACAUCACAGUGUUGAAGAUGUUAUUCAAGUCUAUCCAUCAAAAGAUUUAUCCAUGGCACCAUCGAAAGGAGUCAGUAUAUCUGGUUUUCAAACUGAUUGUGUUUGUUUUCGAUGUCACACAUCUGGGCAAACAAAAUCUGUUGAGUUUCGAAGAGCUGCUGAUAUUGUUGCAAUUAUGUUAAACGAUUUACCGUUAAAACGCACACUACCGUGUCUCAAUUUUUCUGGUCGAUAUUUUCGAUUGCACAACAUGAUCGUAUUUAAGACUGAUGAACAUAAAUCAACAAUGUCAUCUUACAUUGACUGUUUAAUUCGUUGCUCAGAAUCGAAUUGGCAGACGGUUAAUGAGUAUGGCGAAGAAAUCACACUACCCGAUUACGAUAAACAACAAUCUCAGAAGGCGAAGAUUCUGUCGCUAUGGAAAUGUGCAGAAUCACAAGUGAUGACGAAUAUUAAAAAAAUUACGCCUGAUUUACUAACAACAUUGAUGAAUGAUAAUCAAAUGAAGGAUCAUCAGACUCUUUCAUCAUUUGUUACUGAUAAAUCAUCAGCGAAAAUAACAUCGACUGUAGUAAUAGAUCAAAUAGAACUGCCUACUAUUCCUAAUGAAGUUACCCAUAACAUCGAUAAUAUCAAUGAUUCACAGUUGCCGAAUCUGAAUGAUAAACUUACUUCUUCACUGAUGAUUGAGAAAAACAAUUCACCAAUAAAUACUAACUUAGUGUCACCAUCGUUGUUAUCAUUAUCCGAUGCUCAACCUGCAUCUCCAUUCAUCAAUUAUAGUAAUAUAUCUUUAUUAAAUCAAGAUCCGAUAAAAGAACUACCUCAAGCUUUAAUAUCCGAUGAUCCUGUGCAAAUUGUGGUUGACAACAACAAAUCAGAUACUUUUAGUAAUGACAAUGAACUUCAUUUCAAUGUAUCAUCGUUCGAUGAACUUAUGAAAGUAUUGUCAACUGUAAAACAUUUACAGUCAAAACAACCACUAUUCAAAACUACUAACCAAGAAGAAUUACUUACUUUGAAGAACGAUGAUAUGCGAGUAACAAACAUUUAUCAAACGCCACCACCGUUAGCCAUUGUUCCGUCUAUUUUUACAAGUUCAUCAGCGCAGAAGUCGACGUCGAAGGAUAACAAUGUUUCAAAACCUUCGGAGCAGUAUUUACCUACAAUACCACGCGAGAAAGUUAUAUCAUCAAAGUCAAGUAUCGCAAUUAUACCACAAACAUCAUCUCAAGCAAAUGAUAUUCAUUCAUCAGUAAACACUGUGCAGAGUUUAUUUUGCAAGCGUAAUCUGAAUGUAAACCAAUUAGCUAAUCAUCUUUUAUGGCCAAUGUUAAAUUCUGCAAUUAAUAAUGAAAUAAGACAAGAACAACAGUCUGAAACUGUAUCUUCCAAGAACGAUUUUGUAAUGAUGGAUAAUAAGGCUAGAGUUGAACGGGAUGAUGAUGAUACCGAUGAUAUUAGUCUGAUAAAUUUUAUUAAUACAAGUAAUUCGAAAAGACAAAAACUACAAACUACACGACGAUCUGUCAAAAGACGAAAAAACGUUUAG